ACUUGCUAUGCACCCAACAAAGCAUUGCCUCUCUACUUAACUUCCUUGUUGUGUCGUCUCUCUCUGUUUCUGCCCAGUGUUUUGUGGAGUACAACUGGUUCAAUCUGAUAGGGAUCAUUUGUGGGCUGGCCAUCUAUAACAGCACCGUGGUGGACCUCCACUUCCCCCUGGUCCUUUACAAGAAGCUACUGGGCGUAGCACCCACUCUGGAGGACCUCAAGGAGCUGUCGCCCACAGAGGGCAGGAGUUUACAACAGCUCCUGGACCAUGAGGAAGAUGACAUUGAGGAGACAUUUUGUCUAAACUUUGCUAUCACCAGAGAGUACUAUGGUCUGACGGAGGUUAAGGAGCUUAUCCCUGGAGGAGACCGCAUCACUGUGGACAAGAACAACAGGGAGGAGUUUGUGGAGGCCUACCUGAAGUACAUGUUCAGGGACUCGGUGAGCGAGCUGUACCAGGCCUUCUCCUCUGGGUUCCUGAAGGUGUGUGGUGGGAAGAUCCUGUCGCUGUUCCAGCCCUCCGAGCUUAUGGCCAUGGUGGUGGGAAACAACAACUAUAACUGGGAGGAAAUGGAGAAGAAUGCGGUUUACAAAGGAGAGUAUUCAGCCACUCAUCCGACUGUGAGGAUGUUUUGGGAGGUAUUCCAUGAGUUCCCUCUGGAAAAGAAGAAGCGGUUCUUAUUAUUCCUGACGGGCAGCGACCGCAUCCCCAUCCAUGGCAUGGAGAGCCUCCGCAUCUCCAUCCAGUCCACGUCGGCCGAGGAGCACUAUCUGCCCGUGGCCCACACCUGCUACAACCUGCUGGACAUGCCCCGCUACCAGACCAAAGAGACCCUACACCGCCGUCUGACCCAGGCCGUGGAGCAGUAUGAGGGCUUCAGCCUGGUGUGAGACCCAGUGGCUCCCCCUAGAGGCCUGGAGGACCAGGGGAUAAUUAGCAUGGCUGCUAAUGCUAAUGUACUUUAAUAACAACGCCCUGUGAAUGGGGGUGGCUGGAUGGACUGAUGGGUGGUGGGAAGGGGGCUGCUUUUCCAUAGCACUUUCCCUAUACAGUUUACCGUAAGAGAUGAUAUAUUUUGAGUUAUAAUUGUCUUCUAUGCAGAUUGAUGUACAUAACUUGAACAGUUUUAAUUAAACCAGCUUUUUUGUUGCUUUAAGAUAAUUUAUUGAAUUGAAUAGUUUUUUGGGAUUUGAAAAAUUAUACAUGUCAGAGGUGAACAUUGAAGCCCUUUACCUGGGAUCUGGUCUUUUACUGCUGUUCUUGGGUCAGUUUGAGGACAGAUGAUACCAGAUUAAUACAUGAGUGAACAGCAGGCAGACAGUUCCAUACUCAAGCCCAAUAAAUACAUGACAUUCUAAUGUCAUACCCACAAUACCAGUCUAUUUCUACAUUAAAAAGACUAACUGAACGACUGGAGUUACUUACAUGUCCUCAAUCUUACAUUUAUCAAUAUUUCUUUGAUUGCGAUGCCGUUGGAGUGAUUUUAUUACAGUAGUAUUGGUGAAGUGUCUUUUUUUUAAAUGGAUGUUAAAAUGUCUGUGUGCAUGUUGUCGAGAGGAAACGCUAAAAAGACUCAUUGUUACAUUAAACAAAAUACAGCUAAUCCACAUUUCUUUGAUCCCUGUAACCCCAGAUCAGGAAUAAAUCAUCUCAAUGUCAGAAUGAGUUCACAUUUGUGGCCUGGCGGAUAAUAGGUUGAUUUACAGAUGAUCUGUUCAUGGUUCCCACCGGUUCCUUCUGUGAUGACACAGCAUUCGGACCAAAGACAUUAGGAUUGGUUGAUUUGACCUGCAGAAUUAGUCUUGGGUCAUUGAUUAGGUUUAAGGAACAGAUUAUAUUGGGUCAUGUUAUUAGCAAUAACGAACAGCUCAGUAAUGUAAUGACGUUUGUAUGAAGGUCAGGGGACGCUGCACUCUGAACAUCUCUGCAUCGUUUCCCGGCCGUUACUUCAAUGACUAUUCUCUCAAGUGUAUUUGGAUCGUGUGUUGAUAUGCAACUGAUAAAAAUAACUUUCUGUGCAUUCUGCCUAUUCAGUCCUAUUACCGAACGUCUCAGCCAAUGGAGGUAUUGUAUUGUCUACCAUUUCUCUUAAGCCACGUCCUUCUCCACUCUAACUGGGGUUAAGACAAACGUUAUCUAUAGGGACGACUGGUCUCCUUGUUUGUCUUUUGUUUUAAUACAUCAAUAGCCACAAAUUUGCCCAAGGGGAAUAAUUCUUAUUUUGAUUUAUAACUAGUCACCCUCAGUGUAGACAAUGACAUAAUAAACACGUCAUAGUGACCUUUCGUUUAUUCAAAGCUGAGCUAGGGCAAUACCUGAGGGAGGCUCCGUGUGUUCUAUUAUAGCCUGGUCCUUAAUCCAUUUGUGCUGUUUUGCUGACUAAAGCUGUUGGCAAGACAACAAACCGAUCAGCAACCAGGCUAGGGGAAAAGCCUAUUCAUUCCUUAUUAUUCUUAUUUCACCACGGUAAUGGUGACAAUUCCAAAUCAUGGGGUCAAUGUUUGCAAAUAAGGGCUUAUUAGUGGAUCUAUAACUGGAUUGUUAAGUUUAUCAUAUUUAAUUUUGUACCUUCUAAAUGGAUGACAUUUUUUCCCUGAACAAAUAAAACGUAAUUCCAGCUUG